AUGCUAGCUGUUUUGGCCUUAGCCGCUGAAGCUGGUAAGGUUAAGCUUGCAGCUUUUAACAUUCAGGUUUUAGGUAAAACAAAGAUGGGCAAACCAGAUGUUGUUGCAGACUUGGUUAAGAUUCUACGUCGUUAUGAUUUGACCCUUAUUCAAGAAAUCCGCGACAUCAGCGGUACCGCUAUCCAACAACUUUUAACCGAAGUCAACAAGGGUCAUUCUCGCUCUUAUUCGAUGCUCAUUUCAGAUCGUCUUGGUCGUACCAGUUCCAAGGAACAAUAUGCUUUCUUUUACAGGUCUGACUUGUUUUCACCUCAAGGAAACUAUCAUUAUGAUGAUGGUAGCGAAUCUGCUGGCGAAGAUACCUUCCAAAGAGAACCAUUCGUCGUCAAGUUUAAAAUCAGGGCUACCGGCAAGCAAUUCCUUCUCAUUCCUUGCCAUGCUUCUCCUAGCUAUGCUGUUGAAGAAAAUGAUGCUUUAACUGAUGUUUAUGAUGAUGCUACUAGUCGGCUUGGUGAAACGAACGCUAUCAUUUUGGGUGAUUUAAAUGCUGAUUGCAGCUAUGUUACAUCAAGUGAAUGGAGCUAUAUCCGUCUGUGGACUCAGUCCAGAUUCAACUGGAUCAUUCCCAAUAGUGCUGAUACCACUACCAAAUCCACUCACUGCGCUUAUGACAGAUUUGUUUUGGUUGGAAGCCGUAUGCAAUCUGACUAUGUCAGUGGCACCGCUAAAGUUUUCCGCUAUGAUACUGAAUACGGUCUUAGCUACUCUGAGACUACCGCUGUGAGCGAUCACUAUCCUAUCGAAAUGGAAUUGUAUGAUUAA